AUGAGUUUAUUGAUCCUUGUGAAAUUCAUCGUAUUACCUUUUGAUGGUGUUAAGACUCGAUGUGGUAUUGACGAUGUAGGCCGACCAGUGUCCGGCGGUUUUGGCUCCGGACGAUUUGGGUUACAAACUAUCAUAUUUAGUGGCGUGGGUGGUGGUCCAUGUCGUAGCAAGGUGACAUCCGAUAGAGACACGGUGACCAGAGGUUUCAGUAAAGGUGAUUCGACAAAGAUGAAUCAGGUGGCUUUGGAAGUGGAGGAUUGUUCUAUGGUCUCUGAAAGCAUUCCCUGUAUGGUUAAUGAAGAGAUGAACAAAAUGCUCACUAUCCUUCCCUCUUUGGUUGAAAUUAAAGUUACGGUUUUUGCUCUUAACAUAGACAGUGCUCCUGGGCCAGAUGGUUUUGGCGUGUCAUUCUAUCAAACCUAUUGGGAGAUUAUCCAACAUGACGUUGCGGCGGCGGUUAUUCAAUUUUUCUCUAAUGGGUGGCUUCCUCAUGGUUUCAAUGUGAAUGUGUUAGUGCUUAUUCCGAAGUUAGUUUCUCAAGAGCAAAAGGGCUUUAUUCAAGGAAGGCAAAUUAAAGAUUGUAUUGCGUUGGCUUCAGAGGCGUUUAAUCUACUUGACUCAAAGUCUUGGUGUGGGAACGUUGCGCUCAAGGUGGAUAUUUUGAAGGCUUUCGACACGUUAAAUUGGAAUUUUCUUCUUCAGGUUUUAAUUCGAUUUGGCUUCAAUGCUAAGUUCUAUCUCGGUCAAUGGCGCGCUCCAUGGUGGCCUAACCCAAUUCAGGUUCCUUCUCGUUUAUUUUACGCCGAUGAUGUGCUGAUCUUUUGUAAAGGUAGUGUUGCAAAUAUCAAGUCUAUGAUUAAGGUUUUUAAGGCUUAUGAGGGAACUUCUGGUCAGUCGGUUAACUGCAGUAAGUCUUCUAUUUUUGGUGGUGCAAUGUCGCAAUCUCGGCUGAACAUUCUUUCGGUUAUGUAUGGCUUCAGCAUUGGGAAUUCUUCACUUAUUUAUCCCAGAGUUCCUAUCUAUAAAGGUAAGCCUCGGGCCAAGUAUCUCCUUCCUAACACCGAUAAAAUUAUUCUUAAGUUCGCGUUGUGGAAAGGUGCUCUUCUUUCUUUUGCGGGUAGAGUGGCAUUAGUUAAAUCUUUGAUUCAAAGUAUGCUGAUACACUCUAUGUCCAUAUAUGAUUGGCCUGUUUUGUUGUUGAGUGCUAUUCAGCGUGCAACCCGUGGGCUUGGUAUUAGAUCUCUGUUUGACCUCAAUGCGGCGUCAAAUUUAGAAUUGGCGUGGGAUUUUAUCAAUUCGGAUAAUCCUUGGGCUGUUCUUGUUAGAGGGAGGGUCUUGAGGAAGAAUUUCUUUAUCAAGCAUCAUAUUUUCUCUUCUUGUUGGUCAGGUACUAAAGCUGAAUUGUUGGUGAGUCAGGACAAUUCUUCCUGGAAGCUUGGUAACGGAAAAUCUAUUCGGUUCUGGUUUGACUCUUGGUAUGGCAAUUUGUUGCAUUUAGAUGGGGUCUGUAUUCUUCAUUGUCACAUUCCCUUCAAUCUUCGUCCGGAUAAAAGAAUUUGGAAGGGUUCAGUUUCGGGGGAGCUUACGCUCAAGGAGGAUUAUGAGUUCAAGAGGGCUUGCGGUGUUCGGGCGGAUUGGUGGCGGUGGAUUUGGUCGAAGUACAUUCCUCCAUCUAAAUCAUUCUUGGUUUGGAGAUUGUUGCUCCGCAAGUUAGCUUCAGAUGACCAACUUAAGAAAAGGAAUUUUUUGUUCCCGUCGAUGUGCAGUCUUUGCUUUAAGGCGGAGGAGACAAUUUCUGAUCUCUUUUUUUAUUGUGAUUAUGCGUGGAAGUUAUGGGACUGGUUAGCCAAUGCUUUAAAGUUCUCCAAUGGCAUUUUUUCGUGGGAGGAUAUUUCGAGGCUUCGAAACCGAACCUGGUCUAAGCAGUGUCACUUAAUUUUUAAAGUUUUUGUCAUCUUUCUCCUUAAUUGCAUUUGGUUUACGCGCAAUAGUCGCAGAUUUAAGGAUGUUGGUAUUCCUAUCUCCGCUUCCGUUGCAGGUAUUGUUUCAGCCUGUGGGAUAACUGGUAAUAACAGUAAGACUCCGUCUUUUGUUAACAUUUCUGAUUUUGAGAUUUUGAAGAAUUUUAAGAUCAUUAUUCAGCCUCCUAGUGCUCCUAGAAUUGUGGAAGUUAUUUGGAAGUCGGCCCCUUGGGAUUGGAUCAAGAUUAAUUGUGACGGUGCUUUUUCUGAGAAUCCAAGGCCUUCUGCUUGCGGGGGCAUAACUAGAGAUUUCGGCGGUAGGUUUUUUGGGGCUUUUGUUAGCUUUUUAGGUGUUUCUAACUCUCUCAUUGCCGAACUCACUGGCGCUAUGAUGGCGGUUGAGUUCACCCAUGAGAAGGGUUGGCGUAGGAUUUGGUUAGAAGUUGACUCAGUGGCGGUGGUUCGAGCUUUCUCUCCUGCUUUCAAAGUGCCUUGGCAAGCUCGGAACCGGUGGGUCAAUUGUGUUAAUAUCACUGACAAUAUGGAUUUUGUGGCUUCUCAUAUUUGUAGAGAAGGAAAUAGUUGUGCGGAAUCAUUGGAUAACGUUGGGCUAACGGUGACAGAAUACACUAACUAUAAUUGCAUUCCAAAUUUUUUGAGAGCAGAUUUUGUAAAAAAUAAACUUGAUCUGUCUUUCUUUAAAUUUAUUUCUUCUUGA